CAUUCCCUUUGUCUAACGUUAGCCAAUCAGAGUUAGCGUAAUAUAAUAUCUUAAUAAAUUUUCCCGCGAAAUUCUCAGUAUCAAUUCCAGGUUUAAUAUAAAUGCUUUUUAUAUGCAACAUUUGUCAAUUUGAUCAUUAACUUGAAUGUAUUUUUUUAUGGAUGGAUGAAACUCCAAAAAAGUUAAAACACGACUCGAACUGUUUUAUUUGUUUAAAUAAUAUACAACCACAGGAGCGGAUUAAAAUAUUUGGGUCAACUGCAGCUGACAUUCCUAAUCUUAUAAAUAAUUCAAUAAACAUCGACGUAUCAUGUUACAAAAGUUCCGGAGCUUUCAUAUGCAUGAAGUGUUACAAACAUUUACUUAAGUACGAUAAGGCUGUAACCAAUGUUGAAAAAUUGAAGAAGGAACUAAAGGAAAUUUACACAGCAGUAAGUUGCUAUCGACGAUUUAAAAGGCAACAUCGAUCUGCUGAAACAUCGAGUAUUCAACAAGAACCUCUAAGCAAGACGUCACAUGGGAAACAACUGAAAUUUGACAAUCAAGUCGUGGGAGAACCUACCAAAUGUGUUUCCUAUAUUUCCACUCCUACCGGUGAUACAAAUCUUGUCAGUCCUUUGCCGCAGUACUACAAUGGUCCACUACAACUUGUUUACAACGCAUUUGGUUUGCCUGCUCAGCCUAGUAUAUCAACUGGUCAAAUAUUAUCUCGACAUCUGUUUACUUCAAGUACCCCAGUCACUAAACCUUCCCGCGAGAAAAAUUCGUUAAACAAAACCAAUACGAACGUUACAAUAACAGUGGAAUAUCCUAGUAAGACUGUCAAUAAAACCCUCACAUCAGAGUUCGAAGGUAUUGGAAAAGCAAUAGUCCAUGGUCCUCCUUCGAGAAUUGCCAAGGCAGUUUUUAAAUGCGAAUCCAUCAGAACGCUUGUGAUUGAACAGGUGUUGCGUGCUGUUUCCAACGAAGUGGACAACUUGUGUUCUAAAAGAGAUCCCUCCCUGUUAAGAAAAAAUGAAAAGGAUGACCUUAUAAACUAUGAUAUGCUUAAAUUGUGUGAAGAAUGGAAAAGAAGAGCCCCAAUAUUUUAUGCAUUCCUUUUAACAUGUAGUACCUCAAAACGUCACAUUCAUCAUAGUACAUGGUUCCCAAGUAUUGCCGUAUCAGGAUCUAUACUCUUGAAGCAGCGUAAUAACCAUAUGAGUGCAACAGCCAUUGUCAUUGGAUUACUUUUGAAAACAAAGUCUAUCGAGGUAUGAACUUGGAUUUUUAUAUGUAUAUUAUAAAUAUUUUGUUUUAUGCAUAUCAGAGUUUGGCUAUAAAUCUUUUUUAAUAUCUUCACCCUAUAUAUCUACUAUUCUACUGUACCAUUCGCUCUGGAUAAAAACAAUUUCAGGAUGUGUUACUGUAUUAGUGUAUCUGCACUCCUGUUCAUAUAACUAUAAGAAUAUUUUUUAAAACACAAGCUAGGUUGCACAAAGAGAGCCCCCCAAUUAAAGUCCCUAAUAAUGUUCUACAUGUACAGUAUAUUCCUACUCCUAGCCUGGAUCACAUGGUGUUAUAUUACUAGCCUGUAGCAGAGAGUACAGGCAUAAAACUUAUGAUCCUGCUGGGUAAUUGUUCCAUGUUUCGCGCACCAAUAUAGUAAACGUUAUGUAAUGGAUAUUAUAGUGUACUGAAAAGUUCACUAGAUACCUCCAUACACAUAUAACACACCCUAACCCCAACCUUAAACUUAACCCCUAACCUUAAUACCUAACCUAUAUUGGUGCGUGAAACAUGGAAUGAUAACCGCCUGCUUUUUAACAUGACUGAACAAUGUUUUGCUGAACAAUAUUGUUGAAUCUGAAUCCGGGUGUAACAAUGUUGUUCAAUAUUGUUGACAGCUGUGAAUAAUGUGAGUAAACAUGGUUCAAUCCUGUUUUCAUAAUUUAUCCUUCGCUAAUUGCACAGUCAAACAGCAGCAUUUUUACCUCAGUUUGUAUCCUCAUCUGUGAUAUUAAAUCUGAGUUGCAUAUCUAAGUUAAGCUUUCUAAAACUGGAUUUUGUUUUUUUUUGUUAUAGGCAACCCUGAACAGAUUUAGUAAGUUGAAGCUUGCUACAUCAAAUUAUCGUACCUUAUUAAAGCUAGAAGCAAUUGGCCAGUCUCAUGAUAUCCGUCUGCAUGAAGUCAAGGACAUAAUAGUCAAUGAACAUAAAGCAAUAGAGAAGAAAAAACAGGAAGUUAAUGAGUUGAAAACAAUUUUGGCUGAGCAAGACGUGGAAUCUAAACAUGAUCAUCAGCAAGAAUCUGUUUCAUCUAAGCUUAAGAAAGCCGCCACUGAGUUGAAGGAUGCACAAAGAAAAUGUCACCCUGGUUUUUUGAUUGCUUUUGACAAUAUUGACUUUCAUCUGAAAAGAAGAAAUAUGACAAUGACAUCACAAAACAGGGACAUACACUGGGUAAAUCAUGUUAUGAUUGAGAAUAGGGUGUCUGGCAACCAUUUGUCAUCCAAAGGACCAAAAGCUGAUAUUUAUGAUAUACCAAACAUCAUUUUCCUUCCCAGUGUUGUUGAUCAAAGACAGCAGAGGCUCAAUUAUACUGUUCUGGUGUCGAGGAUAUUAUCUGACUAUUUUGAUGCAUUUGCUGAGUUCAAAGAUGUGUGUGUUAAACAUAUACCACAUAAAUACAGCAAAGAAAUGUCUGAAAAAUCAGAUAAGGUUAGUUCAAAACAAUGGUACUAAUUGGCACAUUGGAAGAUAUUAUCCAUUCUGUGGUGUUAGCUGGCAGGUGUCCGGUUGUUGAGUAAUGGGGGCAUCCAAGCCUGG